CCUCAGGGGGAGAGGGCGGGGGGGCGGCAGUGCGGGCGACUCCCGCCCGGUUCCCGUGGGCAGCGGGGCUCCUUCCAGGAUAUAGGGCUUCUCCUCUCCCCUUUCCCUCUGUACGGGGACUUUGGCCGUGCGGAGCCGCCACCCUUCCCCGGAGCAGCAGGACUGGGAACUGCCUUCCCCGGACGUUGAUAAAACAAAUAUGUUUCCUCUCAUACAACGAUGCUGCUUCCACACAUCUUUCAGACUCCAGAAGUUAACGGGUCCCAGGCUGCUGCUCUGUGCAAAGAAUAAGACAACUUGGUCUUCCCUCGGCCUCUGGCUCCGGAGGGAUGUGUGUCCUCUCUCAAGAUCUCCAAGCUUCAAACCAGCAUCAGUUUAUGCAACCCAGCUCCAGGCUUUUCACACCUCUCUCCCCGUCUCCAAGAAGAAAAAGCCUCCAGAAUCUGAGACAGAAUCCGAAAAAAGCAAGGAAUCCCUGAAGGACGUUCCCAAGCCGGCCCUUUACCUGAGCCUGGGGGGGCUGGUUCCCUUUGUGAUGGCACCACUGGCCAUGGUCAUCCAGGGCACCUACUACCCCGAGGUGGCCUUUGCUCAGGUCACAUACGGUGCUGUGACAGCCUCUUUCCUGGGGGGAAUGAGGUGGGGCUUUGCCCUUCCGGAAAACAGCCCAGCCAAGCCAGACUGGCUGAACCUGGGUAACAGUGUCGUUCCUCCUGUGCUUGCCUGGCAGGCCUUGCUCUUCAAGGAUGCCACCUUGGGAGCAGUGAUGCUGGUGAUGGCCUUGGGGAUAGCGCUGCAUUAUGACAUUGCCCUUCUUCCCCCUUACCCGAGAGGGUUUAAAAGACUGAGGGUGUGGGGAACAGUGGUGAUGGUGUUAUCCCUAUUGGCCACUGCAGGACUGAAGCUCAUUUUCGAGGUGCAGAGACUUGAAGGCAGAGAUAAAUGGCAGAACACAAAAUAAUAAAUCAAUAGGGAAAAGAUACUGUCUGCCAGUAAGAUAUUUGCAUGGAGUUCCAGGAGAAAUAAAGAACUGAUUUGUGCUUAGAAGUGAUGAUGGCAGGGAUCAAGAUGCUUACUCUCAAAGCAAACUUGAUUUUCCUACUGACUUUCGAGCUAGUUUAGGAGGGAAGGAUUGCAAAUAGCAAUGACUUCCAAGGUAAAUGGGAGUCUGUCCUUAUCCAUGGAACAAGGAAUCACUCUUUAACGAGAUAUUGCUGCCAUAGGAAUUUCAAAUGGAGAUUCAAAAUGAUGUGGGUAUGAAUUGCUGUAGGCUGAAUUAUUAAAGUAUCUGGUUUAACUAUAA